UAGACAUUUCCUUUUGACAGAUAAAACGCUUUAAUUUGUGGUAUUUGCUCGAAUUUAUAGCGUUAAACUUGCAAAAAACGCGCUAAAUUUGUGCUUAAUUUACGUGAAAAGUGAAGAAAAUCGAGUAGCGUGUGUUAACGCUGCUAUUUAAAUAAUAUUUUUGCAUUUUCCGUAGUAAUUACUGCAUGCGGCGACUGCGGACUUCAACGAAGGCGCAGACGGCUGGGGCAGCGACGGCGACAACGACGACGACGAAAGGUGGUGUUGCCAGCAAUAGUAGCUGUGGUGGUGCAUCAACAGUGUCAACCGGAAUAACGCCGCAUGCGGAUAGUAAAACGACAAGCCACAAUAGCAGUUUCAGCGGUAGUGGUGGUAGCAAUAAUUUGACAACAAGCAACAGUAGCAGUGGUGCUACAGGAGCCACCACAGCAGGUGCAGUACGUCAGAAACACAACAGCAUGGACGUUAAGCUGAGUGGCGAUGUAUUUAAGAACUUUGAAAAGACUGGAAAGAGUGAAUUUUUGAAGUUCUUAAAACAACAAGUGAAGGAAAAUGAUAAUCCGAUUUUUGGCAAAAAUGACGAAUUUAAAUUCGGAAUCUCCAGGGCUAUCUACGAUCUGCUAUGGCAUGGACUACGUUGCACGUUGAAAAAAGAUACAGUGCUGAAUACUCUAGCAGAUGUUGUGACGCUGCAUACUGAUUUUCCAUCGGUUAUACUGGACAUUGUAAAUAUCUUGGAUGCGGAGACGUCUCUAAUGACCGAUGGCAUACAAGAAGAGCGGCUCAUGUUUAGUCAGAUUGUUAAAGAUCUGGACAAGGUGAUCUCGGAUAAACUAAUAAAAGAGCGGUUGGAAAUCGAUACGCUGCAAGAUGUAGGAAUUGUAAAGAACAAGGUGUUUUACACCAAAUUUAUUAAGAUAAAAACCAAACUUUAUUACAAACAGCGUCGCUUUAAUCUUUUUCGAGAGGAGAGCGAAGGCUAUGCCAAGCUAAUCACCGAACUAAAUCAAGAUUUCGAGGAGGGUGUGACUGCCACAAGCAUAAUGGAUAUCAUAAAAUCGCUUAUAGGCUGUUUCAAUUUGGACCCCAAUCGCGUACUUGAUAUAAUUAUUGAAUCUUUUGAAACACGUCCCGAACGGCGGCAUCUUUUCAUACCGCUGUUACGCGCGUACAUGCCAAAUGGUUCAAUUAUAUGUGAAGUACUCGGUUACAAAUUUCGUUACUUUGCUGACACAAGAACGCCGCGUUCGCUUUUUCAUGUUUGUUCACUUCUUCUGAAAUAUGGCGUAAUUGAGCUACAUGAUAUAUACCAAUGGCUUACGCCAGUCGAUAAAAAUAUUAUAAGCGAAUGGGAAAAUGAUCUAGCGGAGGCCAAAGAAUUUGUGCGCAAACUAAAUAUAAUAGUAACAAAUAAAGAUAAAGAACAUGUGGAGCCAGAAAUGGAGAAACCUUACGAUGAGGAAAAGUACUAUGCCAACCAGAAAUUCGGUUUGUGUGAGGGUCUGCUCAAAGUUGGAGACUGGGAAAAUGCUUACAAAAUUAUCAAAAAACUACCAGAGCAAUCGGUUGUUGUGCAUGAGGCCAUUGCGCGAGCGCUCGCCGAACUAAUUCACAUUUCCAUCGAUUAUGUAUACACGGAAAAAUGCUUUAAAGCGAAUUCACGCCGUUCGAAAUUGACUGACGAUAAGAAAUUGUUGCAGAAAUUGCAAGCACGUGAAUUUUCCGAACUACGCAACUAUACCAUACCGAUGGUGAUAGCGCUAGGUCCGGCCUUGCAUUUCGACACAGUGCUCAUGUAUAAACUUAUACGCAUAUUGCGCACCAUAAUGACCGAUAUGGGCGUGGAUAGUCUGAAUGCGCCCACACCGAACACCGAAUCGGAGACAUUGUACUUCGAGGUGAUGACUGUUAUGGACGCAGCAAUAUUGCCGGCACUUUCCUAUCUAGACUGUAAUUGCCCUAUGGCUGAAGAGAUUUGGACUGUAUUGAAAUUCUUUCCGUACCAUUUUCGUUAUAGCUUGUAUGCGCGUUGGAAGAACGACACAUACCUGGUGCAUCCGGUGCUAAUACGACGCCGUGGUUUGGCACACAAAAAUAUCAAGGCUUUAAUGAAGCGCGUCAGUAAGGAGAAUGUGAAGCCUGUCGGGCGUCUUAUCGGCAAAUUGAGCCAUUGCGCGCCUGGCUUUCUCUUCGACUAUAUCUUACUACAAAUUCAAAUCUACGACAACUUAAUUGGGCCUGUCGUCGAUUCAUUGAAAUAUCUCACGUCGCUGUCGUUUGAUUGCUUGGGUUAUUGUCUCAUCGAAGCGCUAGCAAUGGCGGAUAGAGAUCGUUUCAAGCACGACGGUACCUCGAUUUCGCUGUGGCUACAAAGUUUGGCUUCUUUCUGUGGUGCGAUAUUCAAAAAGUAUAACAUCGAGCUCAGUGGCUUGCUGCAAUAUGUGGCCAAUCAACUAAAGUCACAAAAGAGCUUGGAUCUGUUAAUUCUAAAAGAAAUUGUGCAAAAAAUGGCCGGCGUAGAAUCCGCCGAAGAAAUGACGAAUGAACACUUAAAUGCCAUGUGCGGUGGUGAAUUGCUGCGUGGUGAGGCUGGUUACUUCAGUCAGGUGCGUAACACGAAGAAGUCUUCACAACGUCUGAAGGAUGCGCUCGCCAAUAAUGAUUUGGCUGUUGCCAUAUGCUUGCUAAUGGCUCAACAAAAACACUGUGUCAUCUAUCGUGAGACUGCGCAAAGCCAUCUUAAGCUUGUCGGCAAGCUGUACGAUCAAUGUCAAGAUACCUUAGUACAAUUUGGCACGUUUCUCGGCUCCACAUACUCGGUGGAUGAAUAUGUCGAACGUUUGCCAUCGAUCAUCGCCAUGUUGCAAGAGUAUCACAUCAAUGCCGAUGUGGCCUUCUUCUUGGCGCGUCCAAUGUUCACACAUCAAAUCAAUCAAAAGUACGAUCAGUUGCGCAAGGCGGACCCCAAUGCGAAAAAGUUGACUACCAAUCAAAAAUUGCAAAAAUAUUUAGAAGCCACCAAUUUAAUUAUGAACCCUAUUGUCGAGUCUGUGCGCCCGUUACAUGGUCCCAAAGUUUGGGAGGAUAUUAGUCCACAGUUUUUGGUGACCUUCUGGUCGCUUAGUAUGUACGAUUUGCAAGUACCCGCCGAGAGUUAUCAGAAGGAAAUUUCGAAAUUGAAACAGCUGUCAAUGCAAGCAGCAGAAUCCAAGGAUUCGAACGCCUCUAAGAACAAGAAAGAGCAGGAGCGAUACAUUGCUUUAAUGGAUAAGCUACAAGAUGAACGCAAGAAACAGCAGGAACAUGUCGAUAAAAUUUUACAACGCUUACAACAACAAAAGGACAAUUGGUUCCUUUCGCGUUCGGCAAAAUCUGCGAAAAAUGAGACGAUUACACAAUUUCUGCAGCUGUGCCUGUUUCCAAGGUGCACCUUCACUGCCCUCGAUGCCCUCUACUGUGCCAAAUUCGUGCACACCAUACACAACCUGAAGGCUGCCAAUUUCUCCACGCUACUUUGUUAUGAUCGGAUAUUCUGUGACAUCACCUACUCGGUGACUUCGUGCACCGAAAACGAGGCCACACGUUAUGGCCGUUUCCUUUGCGCCAUGUUGGAGACGGUAAUGCGUUGGCAUGCCGAUCAGGCGGUCUUCAAUAAAGAAUGCGCCAACUACCCUGGUUUUGUUACGAAAUUCCGUGUAAGCAAUCAAUUCUCCGAAGCGAACGAUCAUGUCGGCUAUGAGAAUUAUCGUCAUGUCUGUCAUAAGUGGCAUUAUAAAAUCACCAAAGCCAUUGUAUUCUGUUUGGACUCCAAAGACUAUAUGCAAAUACGCAAUGCGCUCAUCAUACUCAUGCGUAUACUACCACAUUAUCCUGUGCUCGCGAAAUUGGCGCAAAUUAUCGAAAGAAAAGUGGAGAAAGUGCGUGAGGAGGAGAAGAAUAAACGUCCCGAUUUGUUUGUCAUCGCCUCGAGCUACAUUGGGCAGCUGAAAACCAAAGCCGCGCAGAUGAUUAAAGAGAGUGAUUUCCAUCAAGUGACCGAGCGGCAGAUGCGUGUCGAAUCAGCUACGGCUGCAGCCACGGUGGCAGCGAGCGCCGCAGCAAUUGCACCCGCCGUCGGUGGGGCCACCCAAGCUAAUGUGACAGUGGUGGCAGCAAGCAAUAGCGCCACUGUUAACGCAAAUGUCAUUAACUUGGUCGAUGUUGCGGCUAAAACUGCGCAGCAAACGGUGCAACAGACAAGCGCUGCGCUGCACGAAGCUACGCCCGUCGCGACAAGACAAGUGAGCAACGGUGAUGUGAAGAGUGCUGAAAAACGCGAGAAGGAAAAGGUAGUGAAGCAGAUUAUUAAAAUGGAACGUGAACCGAUAACAAGCCCUGCUUCGAAUAACACAGUAAAUGAGCUGGAUACGCGUUCUACAACGGUUUUGCUAAGUGAACGCAACGAACACGGUGAACGCCGCAGCAGCAGUCGCACCUUGAAGGAUGUCAAGAAGGAGGAGCGCACGCGUGAGCGUGAACGCGAACAGCGUGAAAGAGAACGUGAAAUGCAAAGGGAACGCGAAAAGGAACGUGAACGUGAUCAGCGUGAAAGAGAACGUGAAAAAGAGCGUGAACAAAGAGAAAGGGAACGUGAUUUGCGAGAUUUGCGUGAACGCGAGCGUGAUCGUGAACAUCGCAGUCACAACGAUGAAAUCGAUUUAGCUGUUGGCGGUAGUGGUGGUGGUGCCGCCAUUGGUAGCAGUUCGGCCGGCGGGAGUACUAUGAUUUCCACACGUUCCAAACGGGACAAACGACGCGGCGAUGAGCGUUAUCGGCUAGAGUCGCCAGCUUUGGAGCACAUCGAAGUGCUGGAGGGCAAGCAUGAGCAUCACGAGUAUGAACGCGAACGGGAUAGAGAACGUGAGCGAGAGCGUGCCAGGGAUUUGAGUUCAGUUUCGAAUGAAAGCAAUGGUUCUUCGAUGCAUCGACGCAGUCAGGAUAUUAUUGAAUAUGAUAAAGAUACAAAACGCCGCAAAGUGGAGGCCACGACAACCUCUUCGUCCAAUUCAAAGAAGCAGAUUACAGAAGAUUUGAUUGAGAGUACAAAGAAAGAACGCGCCAUAAAGAAUAAAGAACGUAAGGAAAAGCUAACCGAAGAGGAGAAAGAUGCACGCAAAGAACGCAAAAUGGGACGUAAACGCGAGCGACUCGAGGAGAAUUCCACUGCAGAGCAUAAGCGGCGAAGAGAAGUGCAAAAUGGCGAUGAUGAUUUGCGCGAGCGUGAUAAAUAUCAUACGAGGGAAAAAUCACCACACUUGCGCAGCGAGACACGUGAACGUUCACACGAAAAAUUCGAACGCGAUCGCAACACACGUGAGGAGCGUUUAUAUACUUCGAAGUCUACACGCUCGCGCAUUGGCUAUUAGUGUGCAGACGGCGCACGUGUUUUACAAAUAUUUGUUUUUAGAUUUAAAAUUGACAACAACUACCGCAUUAGAAACAGCAACCAAUUCAACUAGUACUCUAAAUAUCCAUUUUAAUUUUAUAAGCGCGUCUACAAAAAAAAAAAACAAAAGAAAAA